GGGGGCAGGGCUGAGAGCACAGAGGCCAAGUGGGGAAAGGAACAAAGUUCAGAAGAUGUUGUAAAGGGAAAGAGAGGGACAUUCUAGAUCCUCUUCUUCAACGUCGUGAGGCACAAUCUGAUGGUGUUUUACAAUGCAAUCAGUGGCAUAUUUCACCUACAAAGGAGUCCAGUUCCCUCGCGUGGCUGUUUCAGAAGAAUUUCUUAAUCAAAUGGAAAAUGAAUUCCAGUUUCUGAAUGAUGAUGUCCUUAUUGCCACUUACCCCAAAUCAGGCACUGUUUGGAUGUCAGAAAUCUUGGGCUUGAUCAGGCUGAAAGGGGACCCUGCGUGGAUACACAAUUUGGCAAUGUGGGACCGGUCUCCUUGGAUUGAGAGUAACAUUGGCAUGGAGACGGCCUUGAGAAGUCCUUCACCCAGGGUCUUCUGCAGUCACAUUCCAUUUCAGCUUUUCCCCAAGGUCUUUCUGCAAACUGAUGUCAAGGUUAUCUACACCUUGCGUAAUCCCAAGGACGUGCUGGUCUCAUACUACUAUUAUUCCAUGCUCUCAAGAUUAUUUAAGGAGCCUGGAACCCUUCAAGAGUUCCUGGAGGAGUUCCUGAGUGGGAAUGUGGCCUAUGGUUCCUGGUUUGACCAUGUGAAGGGCUGGAUGAAAUUGAAAGGAAACCCCAACUUUUUCUACAUCACCUACGAAGAACUGCAGCAGGACCUGCGAGGCAGUGUGAAGAAGAUCUGUUACUUCCUUGGAAAAAAGCUCAAUAGCCAGCAAAUUGACUCCGUGGUGGAAUAUGCCUCUUUUCAGAAGAUGAAGGAGAACAAGAUGUCCAAUUUCUCCCUGAUACCUGACAAAUGGAUGGACCACAAGAGAGGGACAUUUAUGAGGAAAGGAAUCUGUGGGGACUGGAAGAACCACCUAACAGUGGCACAGAAUGAAUAUGUUGACCUUGUUUAUCAGGAGAAAAUGUGGGACAUGAAUACCGCUUUCCUGUGGGACUGAAGAAGGUCAGAUCCUCAACCUGUUCUGCAUCCUCACAACAUCUCCCAUGGUGCAACCAAGCCCUGUUAAUGAGGAAUUCUGAGUUCUUUGGAUGUGAUCUAGGGAAGCCAGCCUCCAGUUGGGACCUGGAGAUCCCCUGGAAUUACAGUUUACCUCCAGACUACAGAGAUCAGCCCCCCUAGCAAAAAUGGAGGCUAUGGAGGCUGGACUCUAUGGCACUGUAACCCACUGAAGUCCCUGUGGCUCCCCAGGCUCCAUCCCCAAAUCUCCAGGAGUUGUCCAACCUGAAUCCAGCAAUCCUGUCCCCCCAUCCCCUGCUGGUGGCCAGGGGGGACUUAGGAACCCAGCAGUAUGGUCAGCACAGAACCUAGUGUACUCCAGUUUGAGAGCUGGAACUCUAUUCACUUCAGAGAAGUCAGGGAGAGUACAGGCAAAUGACCCAUUCGUUUAAAGAGAAAUUCAAGGCUUUGUCUUUUACAGUGUCUGCAGGGCCCCAUUCUUAUUUUUCUCAGGGUACUGCAGCCCUCAGUAAGGAAGUCAUUCUUGAGUUGUUACCUAUCAGUUAGAGUCUGGAGAUCUCCUGGAAUUACAACUCCAAACAACAGAGAUCCUGGGGUGUUGGCCACUUUUUGGUGACACAGAGUGUUGGACUGGAUGGGCCAUUGGCCUGAUCCAACAUGGCUUCUCUUAUGUUCUUAUCAGUUCCCCUGGAGAAAAUGGCUGCUUUGAAGGGUGUACUCAAAGGUGCUAUACCUGGCUGAGGCUCCCUCUUCUCCUCAUAUCCUGCCUUUCCCAGGGUCUACCCCCCCCCCCCCCCAAUCUCCUGGAAAUUCGCAAGCCAGAGUUGUCAGCCCUAUGAUGGUUGGCAAUAACCAGGUUUUACAUUCUGUUCACUGGACCACAAUGAUCAAUACAACACAACAGCAUAUACAGCAAUAUUUCCCCCCUAAUUUAAUCUUAUGUUUUCACAGCAGCCUCAGUUUCUACUCAGGAGGCUGACAAACUUUAGUUGACUUAAGCUUGGCAAUGCCAUGUUUGGAAAUUCCUGAAGAUUUAUAGGUGGAGCCUGGGAAGGGAAGGGUUUGUGGAGGAACUAUAGCGUCUACCCUCCAAAACAGCCAGUUUAUCCCAGGAGUUUCUCACAGGAACCUGAUCACUGCAGUUUGGAGAUCAUUUGUAAUUCCAGAAGAUCUCCAGACUCUAUCUGGACUAGGUCAGCAAGGCUAGAACAGGCCUUAUAUGAGACCGGCUCACCUUGAUCAUAGCUAGUGAACCAAUCAAAUUUGACUGUGGAAGGUAUAAACCAGGGGUGUCAAACAUGUGGCCCGGGAGCUGAAUCAGGCCCUCGGAGGGCUCCUAUCAGGCCCUCAAGCAACUGGCUGUCAUCUGCUUCCUUUUCCCUCUCUUGCUUCCGUCUGUAUAACAGCUUGCUUUGCAAGGAUUGCUCAAUCACAUGGGAGCUACAGAGCAAAGUCUCUAUUUUCUCCAUUGGCUGAGGCACCUCCCUUGAGGAGGAAAGGGAGAGGGAGAGCUUGCCUUGCCAGGCUCUGUCAAUUGCACAGCCGAGCAAAUGUGCCAAGCCUCUCUUCCUUCUAUUGGCUGAGGCUCCUCCCUCUUCUGGCCCCCUGGGGAAGGAAGGAAAGAGCAAGAGCUUCCAUUGCCCAGUUCCCUAGAUCACAUGGGAGAGAUACAAAGAAAGCACCUUUAAGACCAAUGAGUGCUAAUGUUUUAAGCAUGUUUUAUUUUACAUUUUUAAAAAUAAAAAUCUUUAAUUAUG